AUGCACAAAUGGAUACUGACAUGGAUCCUGCCAAUUUUGCUCUACAGAUCAUACUUUUACAUUAUCUUUCUAAUGGGCACUAUAUCUUUAGCUUGCAAUGACAUGACUCCAGAGCAAAUGGCUACAAAUGUGAACUGUUCCAGCCCUGAGCGACACACCAGAAGCUAUGAUUAUAUGGAAGGGGGGGAUGUAAGAGUGAGAAGACUUUUCUGUCGAACUCAGUGGUAUAUGAGGAUUGAUAAGAGAGGCAAAGUAAAAGGGACAAGAGAAGCAAACAACAACUACAGUAUUCUAGAAAUCCGAACAGUGGCAGUUGGAAUAGUGGCAAUCAAAGGAGUGGAAAGUGAAUAUUUUCUGGCAAUGAACAAGUCAGGACGGCUCUAUGGAAAGAAAGUAUGCAACGAGGACUGCAACUUCAUUGAACUGAUUGAAGAAAACCAUUACAAUACAUACGCUUCUGCAAAAUGGACACACAAAGGAAAGGAGAUGUUUGUUACACUAAACCACAAAGGGGUUCCAAUGAAAGGUAAAAAAACAAAGAAAGAACACAGAGCAUCCCACUUUCUUCCUCUGGCAAUAUCCUAA